AUGCUCUUUGAUUCUCUCAUAUUUUCUUCUAUUCUUUGUCCGAUUUUCGAAUUGUUGCUUUGCUUGUGGAGUGUGCCAACCGGGCCUCUGCGGCCGCCACAACCACCACCAACGCCGAUGUGCGGCGGUUGUUCUCAAGGGCGCGGAUCGUACGCGUGCCGCUUUGAUCCGCUUGAGUCCCGACGAGAAAUCUUUGAGCGUUGUUGUGUCGAGCGGAAUCUGCCCGACUCGUGCAUCACGAAGUGCUCGUAUCAAAGUUAUAAUGAGAAUGGCUUUACAGAUGCGUGUCCGAUGCAAGCUGCAGCUGAUAUUCACUUACCAGCAGCCCAGGGUAAAGACCACAGCACUUGUUGCUUUCAAAAUGGAGCGACAACGACAUUAGCUGGGUCAAAAUGUAUGACAUUCUGUGAUCAGCGUCCCGGUCACAUCACUCAACUUGACAUCACCUAUUUGGCAUGCUAUGAUCGAUUCGAGAGUAUGAAGAGUUCCUUCUACUAUGAAAUGAGUAAUGGUAAUGGUGCCAACGAGCCACCAGUGUCGAUUCCAGCUGAUCCGCUUCUCGCCGAGAACAGCCAAAAUGUUUUUCAAAUCAAAAGAACAAAGUGCAAGACCUCGUUUGGAAAAUCUUUGAUGAAUAGAGAUCCGUCAAUUGGUGGAGAAUUAGAAAUUGAGGAUUAUGACAAUGACAAUGUUUCGGGUGAGUGCUAUGCGAUCCUCUUCACUUCUUUAGCUCGUAGAAAUCUUGACUUUGAUCAAGAUCUU